GCCGACAAGCGCAAGGUGCCUCGAGCGAACCGUCGUUUACGUAUAACAGAGGGCGCUCGUCAGCUCGCUCCAUUCUCACGACAUUUCUGACGCAAUGAAGACACUCGCCGCUCUCUCCCUCCUCUCCUGUGCCGUGCUCUCUGCCGGCCAGAUCCUGACGUACGAAGAGAGGCGUGUGGUGUCCUCCAACCUCACGCUGGACAACGGGCUGGACUGGGGCACGUGGGGUGAUAUCGAGUACUGCCCGGAAGGGAGCUUCGUCCAUGCCUUUGAUACCAAGUUCGAGAGCGGGAGCACGACGGACGAGACAGCUGUAAACGGCCUUAUGCUCUUCUGUAGCACACCGGAGCAUCACGACACAGGGUACAUCACGUCGACGGUCGGAGAGUAUGGAGAAUGGCAGGGCAUGCGCAUCUGCACCACCGGCUACGUGACGGGCAUGCGAGGAAACGUCCUGGAGCCUCAGGGUAUCGUGCAUGACGACGUGGCUGUGGCAAAUAUGGAAAUGGAGUGUGACAAUGGCAAGGAGGUCAUCACGGGUGUCAGUGGACAGAAGUUCACUCCCGGGAAGUGGGGAGAGUGGUCGAGAUGUGACAGCGGAUCGGCAGUCUGUGGUAUUCAGGUGAAGUGGGAGGAGCCAGUUUUGGGUGAUGACGCAGCCACGACCAACGUCAUCCUGUUCUGCUGUUCUCUGUAACAUGUACACGACAUGUUCUCUCUUUCUACCACGAUUCCCCAUCAACGGUUAUAAUUUUGUGAAUGACUGGUUGCUAACUUCAAUAAAGUUAAUUGCUUCUUGGACAA